GAAGAAAAGGGAGGGAACGGCCUAAGGAGGAGAGGGGGGGAAUCGGUAGCACAGGAGACGGGGAAAGCACAGAAGCUCCGUUGUUAGCUUUGUUCCGCAUCGAAGAGGCUAUUCCGAUUCUGAACAAAACGAAGACUCCAAAGACACUGACACAGCGCACGAAGCAGAGGAGAGAGGAGUUCGCGAGUCGUCCAGUAGAGGGUACAGGUGUUUUUGAACUUCUUCGCGUAAAAGGGGGAUCAAUAACCAUAUAGCAGAACAAAGUGAAAAAGAAAAAACUUUUCCAGCGAGUCGGAUCAAAAAAGCAAACCUGGAGUGUAAACGUACCUGUGUGCCGGCUAUUUCGCCAGGUGAUUUAAAAGAAACACAAAACUCUAAAUCUUCCUGUUGGUGCAGACUGCCGUGAAGACGCAGAUCCCUAGGGAAUGUGGGGGGAGCGUACUGUGCCGGAGAGAAGAUACGGACAAUGAAAUGGACACCGACUAGCACUAUUUAGCCUACACCGUACAUUGAUCACUUUUUACAACUUAAACAACUAUUUCAGAAGUACAUCACUAAUGCUUUUAAUGGAGGGGUGGAUUACACUCAUCGUUGUUUUAGGCGGUGUGAUAUUGAGGCCGACCAGCACUCAAAACGCCAUACCUGAAACAGUGCUGAACUGCUGUGAGGGGGAUAUUCUGUUCCUCCUGGAUUCAUCGGGCAGCGUCUCGUCCUACGAGCACUACCACAUGAUUCAGUUUCUGUCACAACUGCUGCAGCCCUUUUCCCUGGGGCCCGACCAGGUGAGAGUGGCGCUGCUGCAGGUGGGGACUGAGCCGCGCCUGGAGUUCGGGUUCGAGGCCCACAGCACCCACCGCAGCCUGCAGGGGGCGCUCUCGAGGAUUGCGCCGCUCCAGGGCGACACCAACACGGAGGCAGCCCUGAGACUGGCCCGGGAACAGGUGCUGGUGCCCGGUGGGGCGGGUGGGGCCAGGGCGGGGAUCCCCAGGGUGCUGGUUUGGUUGACUGACGGAGUGCAGCCUGGUGCUGUGGAGGGGCCCAUGGUCCAGCUGAAACAGGAGGGCGUGGCCAUUUUAGCAGUCUCCACGGGAUACGGGGACUAUCAGGUGCUCCAGAAGGUGGUAACCCCGCCUCCCAACGCUCACCUGUACUUUGUGGACAUUGACGACGUGAGCAUCAUCACCAAGGACCUGCGGGACGCCAUCAUCGAGCUGAUCCGGGCGGAGCGGCUGCAGGUUCGAGACGUGACCUCCAGCAGCGCGGUGCUGCAGUGGCGUCCCGUCUUGAGCGGCGGCACGGGCUACUACAACAUCGUGUUCGGGCCGCUGGGGACGGAGGGGGGCGGAGAGGGGGGUCCCGGCACCAGCACCAGCACCGGCAGCGGCCCGUUCCGCCGGGUGAGCCGCCCGGGCGACUCCACCUGGGCCGAGCUGACGGGCCUCCGGGAGGACACCUGGUACCGCGCCACGCUGGAGCCCCAGUCCAACGUGGACUUUCUGAAGCCCCUGUCCGUCAACUUCACCACUCUGCCUGAGGUACUGAGUCCCACCACGGUCACGGUCACGGAGUCGAACACGAGCAGCUUGAAAGUGAGCUGGGGACCCCUGCAGCCGAACUCGGUGCUGAGGUACGAGGUCGAGUAUGGCGCCCUCCCGAGGGGGGAGGUCCGCAUUUUCAUCGCGGGCCCAGACCAGAGCUCGGCGAUCCUCACCCAGCUGCAGCCCAACACUGAGUACCUGGUCACGGUCAGUGCACUGCACUCCACUGGCAGGCAGAGGGCGAUGUCUGUCAGAGUGUGCACUCAAGAGGAGCUUCCCGCCUUACAAGAUCUGGAGCUGACGACAGUGGGAAGUGACUCAGUCCAAGUCAGCUGGAGAGGUGGUGUGGAGGGGGUACAGGGGUACUGGGUGACUUGGGAAGGGGGCAGUGGCUUCUCUGGCCACACCAACUCUCUCUACCUGCCUCCAAACUCCCUCUCCACACUGCUAACCCACCUGCCCCCCGCCACUCGCAUCUGUGUCUCACCUGUGUACAGGACAGCCCGUGGAGAGGGACUGUGCUGCACUGCACAGAGUUACUCAGAAGCAGGAACCUGGGGCCACGGGUCAUACAGUUCUGCCUGAGCACACAGGAGCCAGACUACAGUGACGCAGUGAUUGAGUAACCGGACGUGCCAAAGGGGAGGAGAGGAGACCGAGAAGCCGAAACCUUUGAGAGAUCGACCUCAUUAUUGAAAACAGGCCCUAAAAUCACCUUCAGACACGUGCACACACAGACACACACACCCACCAUUGCAAGCAAGGAAAGGGGUCAGGAAAAUGUAUUUCUCAGUUCUUAAAGACGUCAAGGGAAGAAAUCAUUCACAAGGCACUUAAACUUCCUUUUUUGUCUGACGUGGGGGAUAAUGCAUGUGACAGAGACUCUGGUUUGAAUACUGUACUGUUGCUCCUGGAGGGCAACAUCCUGGUGAUAGGGGAACCGGUUUUCUCACAGACAACAUUGAACCUAUCAAUAGGUGUCUCAUUUCUCAUACAUUUUGUGACGUAUGUUGCACAUCAAUGUUUUUAACACUACAGUCUGAAGACAGGCUCUGUUGAAGACUAAUGACCAAAAUUGAGAAUGACCUUGUGUCUGCUGCCAUCCUGUGGUCUCGAGUUCAUACAGCAGUUUUCUACACAUACUUUUCAGAAGUUAUUAAACCAGCCAAAAAAUCUGGAUUAAAUUCACUAAUAUGUAGGUAUGGAUAUGAAUAUUAAUAGAUAUAUUUAUAACAGAACACUAACUAUUUGUUUUUUAAUCUCCUUUCGGAUAUAAUAUUUUGUUUUAGAUUUUUAUGUUGUUUAUUUGUUAUUUGGGUGUUUGUAAAGGCAAUAAAGAGUUGUGUGAACAAUU